AUGCAUCAGAUGUUUGAUUUCUUUCAGGCCCCUCCCACAUCUGCAACUAUUGCUAUUAUGUCUACUCAAGAAUUUCAGUUCAAAGGGCAAGAGCAAGAACAAGAUAAAUCAACCAGUCCAUUCUUCACUAAUUCAGAAAGAAAUGAAUUAAGUGAUAAUCCAUUAAGGAAAGAUUCUCCUAAAACAGUUCUUCCCAAUGCAAAUGUAAGCGGAGGAAGGCCAGAUAGCAAAGCCUCAAAUUACUUUAUAGCCCUAGAUUCAACAAUUGAAAGUCUUCAGGAAAGAACACAGCAACUAAUUGAUAAGAUUAAUGAGAAUAGGAAGAAAGACCAUGUACUCAUGAACAACUUCAGGGAAAGUCUUCUGAUGAAGGUUUCAAGCUUGGCAGAAAAAUUGGAGGAAAGUGUAUUUCCUGUUUAUGACCAUAAUAACAAGCUUAUUCAGGAUAAGCUGCAAGAGCUUUCUGAGAUCAUGGAGAAGAUCAGACAGAUUGAAAAUGAACUCAAGCAGGUCUGUCAUACUGUGGAGAUGAUGUAUAAAGACCUGUGUGGUCAACCUGAAUUGUAA